CCGCUUCAACGGGAGCAUAGGGUGAUGGAAUGCAGGGACUUUUCUCCAAGGUCCCUGUCCUCCAGCGGCGUGCAAGUGCUGCCGGUGCUCGGCGAUCUCCGACGGAGCCUGCGCAGUGAGCUGAGAGAAGCUUGUCGUGAUUUGCCUGAGUUCAAGCCAGGCGUACGGCGACUUGCCCUCGGCAGCUUCGGGGCUUUGGGCACACCGUCAUCGUUCCAUCUCCCAGUGCUUCGCGAAUGCAGAUUGCGUUGCAUGGCUUCCGCCAUCCGCCUCUUCCGCUCGCACGUCACGGUGGACGUCGAGGUCGCGGAGCUUGCGGCUCCGCAUCGACGGCUUACGAAUCGACGCCUGGAGAUGUUGUGGGAUCGGCUUUGCAUACGACACCGAGGCGACAAGAUGAGCGGCGAAACGGCGCACCGCGACGUGGCCCGCUUCAAGCUGCCGGAAGACGAAAUCUUCGGCGGCUGGCUGAACUUGGACGCGCAGAGUCAAUACUUCCAUUGUGUUCCUGGAAGUCAUAGAGACACAACAUGCUCCAAAGUCGGCUUUUGUCGUGAGCCCUCCAAAGCGUCCUCAAUGAGACGUGUGGAGGUUCCGGCCGGGCAUUUGGUGAUUUUCUUCCAAGAGAUCCUCCAUGAGGUGCCUCGUCAAAGCUGCAAAUGUUCCACUUCCUUGCGCCUCUUUGUGGGUUGGCGCCUCACUCGAUCCACCUUAAGCCUUCAAGACCUGGCAGCCAAGAAGAAGCCAGGUGUUCCCACCACCGCCAUGCUGGUGGCGACGCAGGGUGUGCCGUUGCUACCCAGCGGCCAAGAGCCACCGAUGUAUGCGCGGAAUCACUUCAACUUUUGGAGAAAAGGUCUCAUUGCAUGGUCGGAGCAAAGUAUCCGCGAGAGCUGUUUAGAGCUCAAAGUCUGCGGCGGAUGCGAACGAUGGCUGGUGCCGCGCUUUCUCAAGAGUCUCCAAGAGCUUGGCUUGCCGUUGUAUGCCAAGUACACCGAUGAAGAGUUAAGUAUUAUGAAACCUGCAGAAGAAUGGACCAUCUUCGGCAAACGCUUUCGUCUGUGGCCUGAGUUUGAUUUCGUUCCAUUGCGCCCACCCGACAGCUGCGGUGAGGUUGGCAAGAAGCGGACCUGGAGUGCAAUGGAACAGUUGAAAAGCGGACGAGAUGUGCCGAUGGGUCUCGUGGCAGGUAAGAUCAGUUCCCGUUGA